AUGAGGCUAUUCCUUUUCAUCGCGGGUGCUUUUGUAUCCGCCGCUGCCGGCAUCUCGCCGGAAUUCCAGAACGUGCUUCAAAAUACGCAUAAAAGCAACGAAUAUGGAUAUCCCACGGACUUUACGAGGGGGAUAAUGCCCAUCCCGGUUCAUUCGCACAAUGAUUAUUGGAGAGAUAUUCCAUUUUAUACUGGUCUUUCAAAGGGGUGUAUGUCUACCGAAGCGGAUGUCUGGCUUUACAAUGGCACUCUUUUUGUUGGUCAUGACGAGUCCUCUUUGACGGGCACGCGCACUUUGGAGUCACUCUACAUCAAUCCGAUACUGGAUGUCCUCAGACGUCAGAAUCCCGAGAGUCGGUUCGUGUCUGAGCCUACAAAGCACGGCGUCUUCGACACUGUCAGAGAUCAGACCCUUUACUUCUUCAUUGACGUGAAGACUGCCGGCCCCGAGACAUUCGACGCCGUCAUCUCGGCACUGGAACCACUCCGUGAGAAGGGCUAUCUCACAUUCUUGAAGGACAACAGGACCAUGAACUACGGACCCGUCACCGUCAUCGGUACAGGCAACACGCCCCUCAAAAAGGUGGCCUCUACCGCAGACCGAGACUACUUCUAUGACGCACCGUUGGACGCUUUAAACGACCCGGAGUACAAGGGAAUCACGUCUCAAAUUUCUCCCAUUGCAUCUACCAGCUUCAAGGACGCUGUCGGGGUCGUCACUUCUGACACGGAUCCUAUCCUGAACGACGAGCAGACGAAGGCGAUUCCCGAUGCUGAUCUGGGGGAGCUCUUGGCUCAGGUGCUCCCCGCCGGAAUCAAAAUCACUGUCCGACAUGUCUCGUCCACUCCGACCCCAUGCUCCGCGCUCUUUGCAGCACCCCCCGGCGAAGAACCAGAGACCACUUUCUGCGCGAGCCAUUUCCUGUCCGUCUCUAUCAAUAAGGAUGAUCAGAAUGAUAGUAACGGCAAAGGGUCUGAGAUCAUCGUGUUCGGAAUGGAAGUGCUGGUCUACAGUACCGCGCACUUGACGACCAUCUUUGUCUCCAAAGCUGACUCUACGGGCCACUUAAAUCUACUCCAGACUGCGUCCAAGGUUUCGCUACUGCGAUUGAUUUCGAAUACGUUCCUGUCCUUCCUCCUGCGUACCCAUCAACGACCGGGCGUCCGACUCGUGCUAUCCCUGUUCGCGCGCGCGCAAAACCAAUACCUCUUCCCCGGAAGCAUCCACAACCCAGGAAAACACGUCCUCGACGAUCGCGGAUUGAUAAAAUGGUGGUGUCGCGUGGCGGAUCCGAUUCUACGAGAGUAUGAGCCGGAGUCUGGCGGUCAUGAGAAAGGGCUUCUGGACCGAACAAUGGAAUCCGCAAAGUGCUCAGCUACGGCGUUCCUGAUCGUCCCGGGUUGCGACAAGUUCGAAACACGAGGGUUCUUCCCGCCCGCGGCUAAAAAAGAUGACAAGGAGCGUCCGCGAUGGGUCAGCAGUUAUCCUGUCCGUCAAUUAUGCGACAACCCCGAAGCUCCUCCGCGUUGCUUGAUUCCCCGAUUGCCGGACGAUCCGAAGACACGGUUCUUGAUGGACUUGGACGAUGAGUUGCCUGAAUUGAAGGAGCCUGAAGAACAGAGCAAGAGAUCCCCGGGUCAAUGGCGGAGUAUUCGGUCGUUGGAUCAGUUCUGGGAGAUGAUGUCUUUUCGACAGGAGUGUUCGGCUGGGCGAUUGGUUGGAUUCUUGUGGCUUGUGGUUAAUCCGCCGGGGCUGGAGAAUUCGGUGCAGAUGACGAGCUCUAGGGUGGUGACUGGAGGCGCUGGAAAAGAGGCUACUGAUUCUACGGCUUCCCAAAGCGCACCAACCGAGGAAGAAUCGAAGAUGACUUCACCGUCGAAGGAUGUUCUGAACGAUACCAAGACUCAGGCACCAUCGCCGCAGCUACAAGAGACCCAGAAACAAACUACUGAACAACCACCAUUCCACUGGCCAGAAGGCGGACGAGGAGACGCAGUUCUCAGCGAGGCUGAUUACAAGGCCGCUGUUGACUUCCUUCUUACUCAAGACUUUGACAACGAAGAGCUUUCCAUUGCCAGCACCAAGGAAUGGACCGAGGAGCUCGCAUCCAUUACGGACCAGCUUUGGGUGGGCAAGCAUGUCGAGGGCAGGAACACUAGCACCGGACAGCCUGCAUCGCAAACCUCUCAGACAACCAAUCUCAUGAACAGUGGUCUGGUCCGGAAGCGGAAGAAGGAAGACCAAGGCCAAGACACAGCGAAAGCCGGUGAUGGUGCUGCGGCUACUUCGGAGCCUGCCCAGUCCUUGUCGGGUGUCAAUGUGCUUGGUACGAACUUGAUUCGGAAGAAGAAGAAGACGUAG